UCGUCGAUUCUGCUCUCGCCCAAGUCCGACAGGAAUCCGUGCUCAUUUCUCUGUCCUCUGGAUCCCAUUGUUGGCUUCACGUCUUUACUCUGUGAAGCAACACUCCUACGGCCAGAGCUGCCAGUUCUGCGAGUAUGUCUUCAUUAACCUGCGCCAGAUUGACGGUAUGGACCAUUGUUGCAGUUCUUCUGCAAAUUCUCGGUAUCUCACUCUUCGUUUUCGGGUUUUUCCCCGUCAAACCAGCUCUCUCAGGCAUCAGUGGUCCAGAAAGCUAUCGUUCGCCAAUGUGUCAUUCUGUUGAAGAUCGUGAUGAGAGAACUCUGCCUCCUCAUCAGCUGAGAUCUUUGUACCAGGAGAUGUCUGGGAUCCCUCCUUCAUUUGACCAGUUAAUACUAAUGGUUGUUGAUGGUCUUCCAGCUGAGUUUGUUCUUGGAAAGGAUGAUCAGCCGCCGACUAAAGCUAUGAUUGAAGCUAUGCCAUAUAUGCAGUCUUUGUUAUCAAAUGGAAUGGCAGUUGGAUACCAUUCAAAGGCUGCUCCUCCCACUGUUACAAUGCCUCGCUUGAAGGCAAUGGUUUCGGGGGCUAUUGGGGGAUUUUUAGACGUGGCUUUCAACUUUAACACGCAAGCUCUUUUAGAUGACAAUAUUCUUGGUCAAUUCUAUGACAUUGGUUGGAAAAUGGUGAUGCAUGGUGAUGAAACAUGGCUUAAACUGUUUCCAGGAUUAUUUACAAGAUACGAUGGAGUCAGUAGUUUCUAUGUAAAAGAUACUGUAGAAGUGGAUCGCAAUGUCUCUCGCCAUUUGGAAGCUGAGCUUAGCACUGAUAACUGGAAUCUUCUGGUACUCACCCUUUCACUUACUAAAAAUAAAUAAAACUGGAGCAUUUGGAAGGAGAGGAAUAAUUGUGCAGAGGAUGGUACCAUUCUCCACAUUUUCUAAAAUUUUACAAAAGUGAUAUCCAACAUUUUUGUUUGAAAUUGUCUUAUUUGAUACCCUUUUUGGGCCUCGCAAUAUGUCGGUUGCAAAAGAGUUCCCAGGGUUGAGUUAUUACAUUAAUUGUUUGAAAAAUAUUAUUUAGGUCGAGCUAUCUUAUGAGAUUUAUAACUUUAUUUUUAUGGUC